UGGCACGGCGACGCGGUUGCGUUCGUAGGGAAGGGAAGAGAGCUGCCACGCGAUUUGAAGGCGGAGGAGGGACAGUGAUCGAAGAGCUGGAAACCAAAAAAGAGCAGCGAGCUAAAGCUUCAGGUGCUGUUCUCGUUCGCCUCGCGGAUCGCAUCGGUGGAUUUUGUAGAGAUGCUACUGUUUCUCUGAUGGUUCUGUUGAGAGUUCGAGAGCUUGAGUGAAAUCCCUAGGGUUUCUUGCAAGAUCCCCUUUUUGUUGCUGUAGCUAGGGUUUCUUUCUUCCUAGAUCGGAGUCCCUUCUUGUUGGAAACCUCAUCUUCUCACAUGAGGAACCAUUUCAGAUGGCCUUCGGCCUUUCUCCUUGCUUCCUUCCUCUUCUUCUUGGUAGUCGCGGCGGCGCCGGUCUUUGUCGCCGCCGCUGAUAACUCUACGUACGUCCCCAGGGAUUACAUCCUCCUGAACUGUGGAUCCUCUGGGCAUGCCAUUGACUCAGAUUCCCGGGAUUGGAACGGGGACACCGGAUCAAAGUUUGCAUCUUCCCUAAAUGCCGACGGCUUCACUGCGUCCGAGCAAGACCCCUCAGUCCCGGAAGUACCUUACAUGACUGCCAGGAUCUUCACCUCCCCAUUCACCUACUCCUUCCCUGUUGGUCCUGGACGCAAGUUCAUUCGCCUCUACUUCUACCCUGCGAAUUACUCCAGCCAUGCCCCGUCCGACGCCUUCUUCAGCGUCACCUGCAACAACCACACCCUUCUCAGCAAUUUCAGCGCCUUCCUGACCGCUAAUUCUCUCAAUUAUGUCUACCUCAUGCGUGAAUACUCGGUUAAUACCUCUACUGAUGGUCUGAACCUCACCUUCACCCCAUCAAACUCUCAUCCACAUUCCUUUGCUUUCAUCAAUGGUAUUGAGAUUGUGUCAAUCCCUGAUAUCUUCACCUUAGGAAAUCCUCAGCUUGUCACGGGUGGAGCUCCUAUUCCAUACACUGUAGAUCCAGACAUAGCAAUGGAGACCAUGUAUCGGCUCAAUGUCGGCGGGCAAUCUCUUUCCCCUAUCAAGGAUUCAGGCUUGUAUCGUGUUUGGACUGAUGAUUCAGAAUACAUUUUUGGGGCUGCUUUCGGAGUAACUUACUCCAAGGAUCCCAAUGUCACAAUUACUUACACCACCAGUGUUCCAAACUACACUGCGCCAUUGGAUGUUUACUCAACUGCGCGAUCGAUGGGGCCUGAUGCACAUGUCAACCUGAACUACAACCUCACAUGGAUUGUUACAGUCGAUGCUAACUUCUAUUAUCUUGUAAGGUUCCAUUUCUGUGAGAUACAGUAUCCGAUUACGAAGCAAAAUCAGAGGGUAUUUGAUAUCUAUGUUAGCAACCAGACUGUUUGGCAAGAAGCAGAUGUAAUUGCAUGGAGUGGUGGAAUAGGUAAGCCUGUCUUUGAGGACUAUGUUGUGGUAACAUCAGGAAGUGGACAGAUUGAUAUGUGGAUUGCGCUCCAUCCAGAUGUUAGACUUAAACCGCAAUACUAUGAUGCAAUCUUGAAUGGACUUGAGGUCUUUAAGAUUCAAGAUGGUAAUGCUAGUCUUGCUGGACUUAAUCCGCUGCCAAGGCCUGAACCGCAGGUGGAUGCUAACAGGAUUUAUAGGCAGUCCACAAGCCACAAGAGUAGAGCUGCAGCAAUUGCUGGCGGAGUGGUUGGAGGGUUCGCUUUGUUCAUUGUCGGUUUUUGCCUUGUGGGGUUCUACAGGCGUCGCAAGGUGGGAGGAAAGGAUGCAGUUAGCAGCGAUGGGCCUUCCGGUUGGCUUCCUCUCUCACUGUAUGGAAAUUCUCAUUCAGCUACAUCAGCCAAAACAAAUGCCACUGGCAGUUAUGCCUCAUCGCUCCCUACCAACCUCUGCCGCCACUUUUCAUUCGCAGAGAUAAAGGCUGCAACGAAAGGUUUUGAUGAAUCCCUCCUCCUUGGGGUUGGUGGAUUCGGAAAGGUCUACCGUGGGGUGAUAGAUGGCGGGACAAUGGUUGCUAUAAAGCGUGGUAAUCCAAUGUCCGAGCAAGGUGUUCAUGAGUUCCAGACUGAGAUUGAGAUGCUCUCGAAGCUCCGCCACCGGCAUCUUGUCUCCUUGAUUGGUUAUUGCGAAGAGAAUUGUGAGAUGAUCCUCGUUUAUGAUUAUAUGGCGCAUGGCACACUGCGAGAGCACUUAUACAAGACUCAGAAGCCACCCCUCACCUGGAGGCAGCGGCUUGAGAUUUGUAUCGGAGCUGCCCGUGGACUGCACUAUCUCCAUACGGGCGCGAAGUAUACCAUCAUCCACCGAGAUGUGAAGACCACAAACAUCCUGCUAGAUGAGAAAUGGGUUGCUAAGGUUUCAGAUUUUGGUCUUUCCAAGACUGGUCCUACAUUGGAUCACACCCAUGUCAGUACAGUCGUGAAGGGUAGUUUUGGAUAUCUUGACCCAGAGUACUUUAGGAGGCAGCAACUCACCGAGAAAUCUGAUGUUUACUCGUUCGGGGUUGUGUUGUUUGAGGUUCUUUGUGCUAGACCAGCUCUUAACCCUGCACUUUCGAAGGAACAAGUAAGUUUGGCUGAGUGGUCAGUGCACUGCCAGAAGAAGGGAAUACUCGAUCAAAUAAUUGAUCCUUUCCUGAAGGGCAAGAUUGCUCCUCAGUGUCUCAAGAAGUUUGCAGAAACUGCCGAGAAGUGCGUGGCAGACGUCGGAACGGAACGACCAUCCAUGGGUGAUGUGCUCUGGAACCUUGAAUUUGCCCUCCAGCUGCAGGAGAGUGCUGAGGAAAGUGGCAUUAUCAGUGCCAGCAUGUCUGAUGAAACUCUGAUGAUCAGGAAGAAAGAAAUUGAUGAUCCAUCCAUGGAACCGAGUAUCACAACUACAUCAACCACCUCAAUCAGUAUCGGAGGGCAGAGUCUAGCGAGUGAGGACUCUGAUGGUCUGACUCCUAGUGCUGUAUUCUCACAGAUCAUGAAUCCAAAGGGAAGGUGAGCGCAAAGGUGCUUUGGUGCUUCAAUCUUCGACAUGGAACCUAGCCCGUUCAUUCAUUUUGAUUUCAUAUCUCUUUAAAGUGUAUUUGUUAAGUUUGCAUUGUAAUGUUAUUCGAUAUCUAGUUUUUAAGUAACACGUAGAACUUGAGUGUAUCUUGGAUUGUGUACUUUUAAGAAUAUAAUGGUUGUAUCGAGAAAAUAAAAGGUGGUAGUUUUGUUACUAGAA